AUGCCUACCUUCCAGUCAAAGCCCUUCCGUAGCACCCGUGCCCAUGCGCAGGACUUCGGGGAACGAAUCGCUGCACUUUAUCGCCAGAAGAUUACCAAGAACCCAUUCCUCUUUUUCGGACUUCCCUUUAUGACUAUAAUAGUCGGGGCAUCCUUCCUCCUCACCCCAGCCGCAGCCCUGAGGUAUGAGAAGCACGAUCGCAAACAUCGGCAAUUGACCGAUCAAGAAAAGCUGGAGCUUGGAUUAAAAGGUGGUGUUAUGGGUGAAGGGAAUCUCUCAUACAACCCUCGGCGCAGGAAGGUCUUGAAGGGAGAGCUGAACGAGCGAGACGAAUACUACAAGCUUAUGGCCAAAGAUUUGGACAACUGGGAGCAGAAGCGAGUUGAGCGACUUAAGGGUGAACCGGACGGGAGGCUUUGA